GUUCCCAUUUUGUGAAGUGAUUUGCCUUACUGUGUUGAAAUUAGUUGGCUGGAUGUGUGGGACAUAUCUUGUAAAGGCAAUAUUACAGAUUAAAUAUAUUUUAUGAUAGAGUCACUAUCUGCAACUGUAUCUACAAUAGUGUGCCUUUUUUAACCUCUACAAAUGUAGUGGUCCUUUGUAGUUCUGGAUAUUUAGAGAGCAUGGUAGAGAGGCCUGCUGACGCCUAUCUGCUAUAAUGACCCUCAUCAGCCGAGCACAGUGCUGGGCUUUAAUGUCACUCAACAAUUGUGUUCUUGAUAUUCUUGAAUAAUCAUUUAGGUCAUUUUAUUUUUGUGUCAUUAAUAAAACAUUGUCUGUUAUCCAAAAGCCCCAUAAGCAAAACUCAAUUUUAGUAGUAGAAUCCUCCGUCACUCUAAAUUACUGUCUGUUGACAAAAUGACAAAAAAGGACCUGCAGGGAGGAGUGUAUUAAUCAAAUGUGGUUAACAGAAGGAGUGUGUGGUCUUCAAAAUAAACACAUAGCCAGACAUGUGCCACUUAGCCUGCAGGAGGAGGAGGAAGAAAACACCUGCAGUGGACAUGCUGACACCAUUAACUUGCCUCUGUAGUUGGUGCUACCUGUUGUAGCACUGCUAAUGAGCUGGAAUUGGCAUUAGGUGUGACUAAUGAUUAACUCCAGCUGCAGCCUGAUGUCUUCUCCCUUUGGUUUUGGUUUUGUGGUGCUGCAGGGCAUCACUGACGCCUGUCAGGCUGUGGAUUGUGCACGAUUUUUUAAAAGUUUUUCGCCCGUCUUAGUACAUAUUGCGCAUAUGGCAGCAGAAAAAGAUGAAUGCUUACUAUAUCAAUGCAACCAAUUCAAUUUCAACCUCCAGAAUGACUCAAGGCCAAUAGUAGACUAGUAAUAGUUGUGUAGUGGAGCAUUUAUUAAUUGAUGCAGUGCAAUGUCAGGCACACUACUAGGAAUGACAUUGGUCUGUAUUAACCUUCACUGUUCCUCUGGUCUUUACUCACGUCAGUUUAUCAGGAAAAGAAACGUGCAGAGAGGAGAUAAGAGAUACCAGCCUAGCUUGUGAUAUGAGUGUAUGUGUGUGUGUGUGUGUGUGUGUGUGUGUGUGUGUGUGUGUGUGUGUGUGUGUGUGUGUGUGUGUGUGUGUGUGUGUGUGACCUGCCUAGGGGUGACAUUGUUUUACGCAGGUAGUCGUAUUAAAGUGCGUGUUUAAACAUAAAUGUGUGUGGAUAUGUCCAAAGCAAGUUUGUGCGCAUGUGUGUAUAAAAAGGGGAGUUGUGAUGUAUAAAAGGCUUCUCCAGAAAAUCUGUCCUGUUUCUAACCAUUGUGUGUGUGUGUGUGUGUGUGAGAGAGAGAGAGAGAGAGAGAGAGAGAGGGAGAAACAGAAAAAAAGUGUGUGUUUGGGACUGGACUGUAACUGACAAAAUUUCGGGGACCAAGAAGAAGGAUCAAGUGGUCUGGACCUCCAUUGAUUUAGGAGAGCAGUCCCCUUACAAACCUGCAACCAUGAGUAAAAAGGACACCUACAACAUGUUUGAGAUGGAUGGAGAUAUGGACAAGAAGAAGAAAAAGAUGAAGAAGAAGGAGAAACUGGAGGGCAUGAAGAAAGAAAUGGAUAUAGACGACCAUGAGAUUACAAUUGAAGAACUAGAAAUGAGGUACAACACUAGUGUUACCAAGGGUUUGACCUCCACCUUUGCCAGUCAAGUCUUGGAGAGAGACGGUCCUAAUGAACUGAAGCCUCCCAAAGGAACUCCGGAGUACGUGAAGUUUGCAAGACAGCUGGCCGGAGGGCUGCAGUGUCUGAUGUGGGUCGCAGCUGUCAUCUGCUUCAUCGCCUUUGGAAUUGAAGUUGCGAGAGGGAAUGUCACCGCCUUUGACAAUCUGUACUUGGCCAUCACCCUAAUUUCUGUCGUCGUGGUGACUGGCUGUUUUGGUUACUACCAAGAAUUCAAGAGUACCAACAUCAUUGCCAGCUUCAAGAAUCUGGUACCACAGCAAGCCAUUGUGAUCCGUGACGGCCAGAAAAACCAGAUCAACGCCCACCAGUUGGUAGUGGGGGAUUUGGUGGAGAUCAAAGGAGGAGACAGAGUCCCUGCUGACAUUCGCAUCAUCAGUGGUCAGGCCUGCAAGGUGGACAACUCGUCCUUGACAGGCGAGUCUGAACCACAAAGCAAGACUCCAGAAUGUACUCAUGAGAAUCCACUGGAGACCAAAAACAUUGCUUUCUUCUCCACAACCUGUCUGGAAGGUGUAGCUACUGGUAUAAUCAUUAACACAGGUGAUCGUACUAUCAUUGGUCGGAUUGCCAGCUUGGCGAGCGGCGUCGGGAACGAAAAGACACCCAUCGCCAUAGAAAUCGAACAUUUUGUUGACAUCAUCGCCGGUCUCGCAAUCUUUUUCGGGUUUACCUUCUUUGUGGUUGCCAUGUUCAUCGGCUAUGCCUUCCUGGAAGCCAUGAUCUUCUUCAUGGCCAUCGUGGUGGCUUAUGUGCCAGAGGGGCUACUUGCUACGGUUACCGUAUGUCUGUCACUGACUGCUAAACGACUUGCCAGGAAGAACUGUGUUGUGAAGAACCUGGAGGCUGUGGAGACGUUAGGCUCCACUUCAGUGAUCUGUUCUGAUAAGACGGGCACCCUGACCCAGAACAGGAUGACCGUAGCUCACCUUUGGUUUGACAACCACAUCCACGCUGCCGAUACCACUGAAGAUCAGUCAGGCCAGAGUUUUGAUCAGUCAUCAGAAACAUGGCGUUCAGUGGCGAGAGUGGCUUCCCUGUGUAACAGAGCUACAUUCAGACCAGAUCAGGAAGGUGUUCCUAUUCCCAAGAGGCUGGUGGUAGGAGAUGCAUCAGAGACUGCUCUGCUGAAGUUCACCGAGCUCACUGUGGGGAACGUCAUGGACUACCGUAAUCGCUUCAAGAAAGUGGUGGAGGUGCCCUUCAACUCCACCAACAAGUUUCAGCUGUCUAUCCAUGAACUGGAGGAUCCUCUGGACCUACGCUACCUGUUGGUGAUGAAGGGAGCACCAGAACGUAUCUUAGAGCGUUGCUCCACCAUUUUGAUUAAAGGCCAGGAGCUGCCUCUGGAUGAGCAGUGGAGUGAAGCCUUUCAGACAGCUUAUAUGGACCUGGGAGGACUGGGAGAGAGAGUACUGGGUUUCUGUCAUAUCUAUCUGAAUGAGAAGGAGUUUCCUCGUGGCUAUCCAUUUGACCCUGAUGAGAUGAAUUUCACCACGUCAGGACUGUGCUUUGCUGGUCUCAUCUCAAUGAUUGACCCCCCAAGAGCCACUGUACCUGAUGCAGUGAUGAAAUGUCGUACUGCUGGUAUCAGGGUUGUCAUGGUGACUGGGGACCAUCCAAUUACAGCAAGGGCAAUAGCAGCUAACGUUGGUAUUAUCUCCGAAGGCAGUGAAACAGUGGAAGAUAUAGCGCAGAGGAAGCGCAUACCUGUCGAACAAGUCAACAAGAGGGACGCCCGUGCCUGUGUGAUCAGUGGUGGUCAGCUGAAAGACAUGAGCAGCGAGGAGCUAGAUGACGCACUGCGAAACCAUCCUGAGAUGGUGUUUGCAAGAACAUCCCCUCAGCAGAAACUGAUUAUUGUGGAGAGUUGUCAACGUCUGGGCUCCAUCGUCGCCGUGACAGGUGACGGUGUGAACGACUCUCCGGCUCUUAAGAAGGCUGAUAUUGGUGUCGCCAUGGGGAUCGCCGGGUCAGACGCUGCCAAGAACGCUGCAGACAUGAUCCUUUUGGACGACAACUUUGCUUCUAUUGUCACUGGAGUAGAGCAAGGCCGUCUUAUCUUUGACAACCUGAAGAAGUCUAUCGCCUACACACUAACCAAGAACAUUCCUGAGCUGACUCCAUAUCUGAUCUACAUCACAGUCAGCGUGCCUCUUCCUCUGGGCUGCAUCACUAUUCUCUUCAUCGAACUGGCCACUGACAUUUUCCCCUCUGUCUCUUUGGCUUAUGAGAAAGCAGAGAGUGACAUCAUGCACCUGAAGCCCAGAAACCCUCGUCAGCAUCGUCUGGUAAACGAAGCCCUGGCUGUGUACUCAUACUUCCAGAUAGGAGCCAUCCAGUCUUUUGCAGGUUUUACAGAUUAUUUCACAGCCAUGGCGCAGGAGGGCUGGUAUCCACUCUUGUGUGUCGGCCUGCGUUCUCAGUGGGAGAACGUUCAUCUUCAAGACGUACAGGACAGCUAUGGACAAGAAUGGACCUUCAGUCAGAGGUUGUACCAGGAGUAUACGUGCUACACUGUAUUUUUCGUCAGCAUAGAGAUCUGUCAGAUCUCAGAUGUGCUUAUCAGGAAAACUCGUCGUCUGUCUGUGUUCCAGCAAGGCUUCUUCAGGAACCGUGUCCUGGUUUCUGCCAUAGUCUUCCAGCUCCUUCUGGGUAACCUGCUUUGUUACUGCCCUGGAAUGCCCAAUAUCUUCAAUUUCAUGCCUAUCAGAGUCCAGUGGUGGUUUGUUCCGGUUCCAUAUGGUAUUUUAAUCUUUGUCUAUGAUGAGAUCAGGAAGCUAGGAGUCAGAAGAUAUCCAGGAAGCUGGUGGGAUCAGGAAUUAUACUACUGAGACCAGAGAGGCUCUUUCAUCUAUCCAUCCAUCCAUCCAUUCAUAUUCAUGAAAGCAUCAUCAUGCUGCAAACUUUGUGAUGC